AUGGGUGGUUCAAAGUACUGCCUGUUGAUAAGUGUAAUUUUGUUUAUAGAAAGUAUUAGAGCUAGUGUUAUUGUAAAUACUGAUUUAGGUAAAGUUGACGGCGUGGAAGUAAAAUCAAUAAUAAAAGAUGAAAAGUUUUAUUCAUUUAUGGGUAUUCCUUAUGGGAAGGCCCCUGUUGGUGAACUAAGGUUCAGGGCUCCAGAACCACGUGAAUCCUGGACAGAUGUAUUGAACGCAAAAAAGGAAAAAUUGCCGUGUACACAGUUUAAUUUACCCAUCAGAAAUAUUAAAAACUAUGGAGUAUUUGGUCAAGAAGAUUGUCUCCACCUUGGCAUACAUACACCCAAACUGCCAAAUGCCAAUGAAUUCCUUAAUUUACCAGUUGUAGUUUUUCUAUACAAUGAAAUGUUUCGUGUGAGCCAUAAUGGAACUAGAGACUUUGGACCGGAUUUCUUUGUAAAAGAAGACGUUGUGCUAGUCAUGAUAAGCCAUAGACUGGCUGCAUCAGGUUUCUUGGCCUACGAAGAUGAAGUGCUUCCAGGAAACAAUGGCAUACGGGACGUUAUAUUGGCUCUUAAAUGGAUUCAACGAAAUAUUCACAAGUUUGGUGGAAAUGGUUCUAACAUAACACUCAUGGGUAGUGAAGGAGGAGCGGCCUUAGUAGAAAUUCUUCUUCAUUCUCCUAAAGCUGAAGGACUAUUCAGCAGAGUGAUAUUGCAAAGUGGAACCUUAUUUGAUUCUUCAUAUUUUCCUAAAUCUCCCAAGCAUAAAACUACUCAAUUAUUAAAAUACUUAGAUAAGUCAUCUAUAACAAGUACUUACACACUCAAAGAAUUGUCAUCCUUAACGCCGGAGGAAAUUGCAUUAGCAGAGCCGGAGUCAGUAGAUGCCGACGAAGGAAGAGCUUAUCAAAGGCCAAAGGUUCAGUUCGGACCUGUAAUUGAACCCAAUCACCCUGAUGCCAUUAUAACCAAACUACCUGAAGAUGGUCCUUUGAACAUCAAUAUACCUGUAAUGAUUGGUUACAAUUCACGAGGCAGCUUAGAAAUGGCGGAAAGGUUUCUGUAUAGACCUCAGUACCUUUCAACUGCUGAUAGAGAUUUUCUGUUAUUGUUUCCUAUACGAGAUGAUUUUCACUUUGAAAUUAAUUCUCAAGUGUACUUUCAAGGUGUUAAAGACAUAAAAAAGUUUUAUUUUGAAGAAGAAUAUAUUAAAAUAAGUAAGCCCGGUGAAUAUUUGACAUAUACCAAUGAUAUGUUGUAUUUUUACGCCAUCGAUUAUGCUGUAAGAAAGUACGUGAAUGAGUCUAACUCCGCAGUUUACUAUUACACAUUCGAUUAUAGUGGAGAACUUAAUAUGAGAAAAAAUGACAUUCUUAAAAACGCUAAUACAAUAGAAGGCACUUGGGGAGCAACGAUGGGUGAUGAACUUUGUUAUUUAUUUGUUUGCAAACGAAUAAAAAAUACUUAUAAAAAAGUGCUGGCAGAUGUAGAAUCUGAAGAAUUAAAAGUUUUGAGAAAUAUGAUUAAAAUGUGGACAAAUUUUGCCAAAUUCGGCAAUCCAACUCCUCCUGGCAGUGAUUUCAUCUGGACUCCAGCGACAAAAGAAAAGAAAGAAUGUUUAGUAAUCAGUGACAAGCUUAAAAUUGAGAACAACCUUCACCAAGACAGAAUCGACUUUUGGGACGAUUUCAUGGCUAAAUACAAAGCAAUGGCUGUCGAUGGUGUAAUCAAAGACAUAAAGGAUGAAUUAUAA